AUGCCCUGCAGCCCUCAAGGUGGACGGGAUGGCUGUGACUGGGUGGAUAUCAGCCUGGUUGAUGGCUAUACCGUCCCGUUCAAGUUCGAGAUUCAUGGCACAUGCUAUGAUGCAGACAACCACCUGAUGAAUGCCUCGCAGAAGAUCGUGGACUGCUCUAAGCUGAGUGUGGAUGAUUGCCCUCGAAGUGAGACUUUAAACGCUUCCGAGGGCGAAGGCAAUCUCACUGUGGACUUGCAAGUGCAGCAUCCUACUGCAAGCAUGGCUGCUGGGUGCUAUUCUCCCUGCAGCAAGCUGACAUUGAAUCAGUGGACCACUGUGCGGGCUUCGUGGCAUAAUCUGGGGAUGUGGAGCCGGGAGUACUGCUGCCCCACACCACCUGUUUCACCGACGGCAUGCAGGAACGGAAGUGCCAAGUUGUCGAAGUAUGUUGGGGCCAUCCACCGAAUGUGUCCCGGAGUGUACGGGUACUCCUAUGAUGACGGCAUCGGUUUGAUCACUUGCGAAGCAACGUCAACCUAUUCGUUUACCGUGGGUUGCCCCGCCACCGCUAAGAAAGCACAUGCGAAGGCGCCAAGUCGUCACCAUGCGCAUCGAAACGAGAGCAACGUGUCAACGGCCAAGCCAGAGCAGGUUCAUGAUCUGCCUCGAGCUCAUGUCGACUCAACGAUUCGACAACAGGUACACCACGCACCCAGGCCGAAGUUAUCACAGAAGACAUUGCCGCGGUCGUCCUCAAAGGACUUGCCACCGCCAGGAACAAAGGACAAGAACCACACAGCCGAGGAGGCUUCGAAAAAGAAGCUUCCGCAGAAGAACAAGACGCUGGAGCAGAAGCCUUCCGCGAAGAAGCUUGCUGAGAAGAAGCAGAGCCAGGAAAGCCUUGAAGAACGCAGGCUGCGCAACGCUUUGCCGGAGCUCAUUUAA